GAGAGCGAAGCACUGGGCUAAAGAAGGUUCCUCUUGCACAGCCUGUCAGGGCCCAGGGUCCGGCCUGGGUGGGUGGGGUGUGUGUUGAAGGGGGUGCAUGGAGAAGGACAUCUGGCUUCCUUUCCUGUAGUGGAGGCUCAGGGCUGGGGCAGCGGAUCCAAGGGACAGGCUGACCAUGGAAGAUGGUGUGAAUGGGAGCAGUGAAGCCCCUCCUGGAUCUCAAGUAACUUUCAAGGCUGGUUGGCUGAAGAAAAACAGUGGAGGUAUUCUAGGUUCUUGGAAAGAUCGCUACAUUUGUUUGCAUAAAACCCAGCUGCUGGUGUGUGAGAAUGAGGAUGAACAGAAAUGUAUCGAGACUGUGGAGCUUGGCAGCUAUGACCGAUGUCAGGUUCAGAAUGCCUUCCUUAAACGCAAGAGACACUUUUCUCUCAUACCAACUCUGGGAAGCAAGGGGCAAGAUGUAAAAUUUCAAGCCAGAAAUGCAGAAGAGAGGGACGCAUGGAUCCAAGCAUUGAAUGAGGGAGUCAACCGAGGCAAAAAUAAAAUCUUAGAUGAGGUGAAGGUGGACGACAGUUGUUUACUGGAGCAUGUGACCAGAGACAGAGCAAACAAGGGAGCGGCGAAGAGAAGACCACCAACCAGAGUCCACCUCAAAGAGGUGGCCCAAGCAGCCUCAGACGGGUCUUCAAGGUUAGACUUAGAUGCUUUGGAUAGUGGUGUUUCAAGAGCAGUGGCUUCCAUCCCGGAGGAUAAAGAACCUCAACAAGAGAAGGAACCUGUAAAAAUUCCUAUGCCACCUUCAAAAAUAUGUCCUUCCACUUCCAAAGAUAAACUAAAUACAGACACAACAGACACUGGUGCAGAAAAUGCUCAUCCACCAUCUCCUCCUCCAAAAGGUCUCAAGGAAAGUGUCUAUGCAAGGGAGAAGCUGCUAUCACAAGAGGUAGAAGAGAACAAAGAUGAAGUUAACCCUGGAAGUAGCAGCAGAGAAAAUAAUGAAGAGGUUAUAAAUACCCCUCCCAAACCUCCACCUAAGAUUUUAUCAGACAAAAUGAAGAUUAAGUGGGUAGGAUCUGCUUCUGAUCUACCAGAAGAUGAAAUCAAACCAGCUGAGAAAGGAAGCAAAGAUAAUUUGAUGGAAUCUGAUUCUGAGAAGCUCAGAAAGUUACCAAGUCCUCACUUAAAAAUCAAAACUACUGAGAUGAAAACACAUGACCUGAAUAGCCUUACUUCUAACCUCGACCCAGAGAGACAUGAAGAGACUUCUAAUCUAGAUGAAAAAAUUCUUGAACACGGAGAAAAGACAAAUGAGCUCUGCAAGGAAACAAAUGCAGAAAAGGUACCUGGAAAUAUAAAAGAAAGCUCAAAAGAAGAGUUCAUAGAGCAUCAAAUAAUGAAAGAAGAAAAAGAUGGUGACAUACAGGACACCAAAGACAUACCUAAAGAAUCAGAGAUGGGAAAGCCAAAAUUACUGCUAACACCAUCUCCCAUUGUAUCUGUAGCAACAGAAAUUAACUGCCUUGCUAAAAAACUAAGGUCUUCUUCAAUGGGAGAUCUCCUAUCAGAAGACAGUGAUAUCAGAUCAGAACAGGAAGGCACCUUCUUACAUCUCACUAAGGAUCCUCUGCACCAAGUAGAGAUAAGGCUGGCCCGUGGAAGAGAGAAAACAGAGACUCUUUUGAACCGGGUUCAGCAGGGGGAAUUGGGGGACAGUAUUGAAGGGAAUGGACCAGAGGUCAAUGCAGAAACCCUUCUGAAUGAGGCCGUAAAACAGCUAAGAGAAGCUUCAGAGGCACUGCAGGUGCUAAAGGAGUCCAGCAAAUCACCAGAUAUUUCUAAUGCAGAGAGAAAGGAUAAUAAAGAUCUAGUGACUUUGUACAGAAGAAGUAUGCCAUAACAUCCUCUGUUUUUUUACUCCUUAAACUGAGAUAUUAAACUGCUUCAGCACUUUACCUGAUAUAUUUUUCCCUUUUAGCUUUGCACCUUAUUUUUCUUUGUACAUAUCUACGAUGAUAAUAUUCAUCAUUUGGAUCAGUGUUAUUACAACUGAUGCUUCUGUUAAUGGCAAUCCUCUUAAGCACUUCAUAGCAUUAGCCAUAUGAUGAUACGUUAUCCCUGCUUAUGCAACAGUUGAAAACGAAAAGCGAGCAAACUUUGCACAGAAACUUUUAAAGGUCUUUGCAUUCGUUGGGCAUUCACCGCAUUUGAAGAACAAACAUGAAAUCUAUAUAUUAUUAUUUUUUUUUUGCAAAAUAUCAUAGACUUUAAUAACAUAAUAUAUUGUAAUUUGAUGUUAUACUUUAAACCCAUGCAAGAUUAUUUGAGAAAAAAAAUAUUUAUAUUUUAACCAAGAACAGAGAAUUCUAUAAAACAUGUUUUUAUAUUCUUCUAACAAAGGUGUGAGUGGGAGGUAAUAUAGAUAGUAUCUUAUAGGUCUGAGCCCUGAAAUGCUCCAGUUUUGAGAUGUAUAUUAUUUAAUGCCUUUGCUUCCAGACUCCUUGUCAGCCUUCUCCCUCCUACAAUGCCUCCAACAGCUGUUUGAUUCUGUGCAAUAGAACUACCGUCCUGGAAUUUAAAUUGCUUCAGCUUGUAAAUCAGUGUAGAGUAUGACUAUUCAUUUCCACUAACCAAACAUAUUCUACUGAAAUCAAGCUUCUUCCCACAUGUAAUAUUGAUUAAGAAGUCUGAGACUUUCUUCCUGUUUAGUGAACAAAUAAAUAUAAUGACUUCUGAUGGUUCCCUCCUAAUGGACCAACACCAUGAACAACUGCACAGUUCUAAAUAGUCAUCUCAAGCAGACCAGUGUAUAACCUGUUUUUUGUACUUUUUAUAGAAUCUACAGCUUGUUUAAAUAAAUAAAAUGACUUAAAUUGACAAA